AUGCCGUCCGACCUCUCAUCAUACCUCGCCCAACACUACCUCACCGCAGACCCCAAGCCGAGCUCCAAGAAGCGCAAGCGCAAGCACGCCGGCGCCUCCUCCAGCGGCCUCCUCAUCACAGACGACGACGACGCGGGCUGGGCAAAGGGUGGCAGCGGCGACGGCACGCAGGAUGGCGACGACGACGGCCCGGCCGCCGUAGCGGGGACGUCGGCAGAGUUCCGCAAGAAGACAAAGUCCAACUGGAAGACGCUCGGCGGGCCGCCCAAGGCAGACGACUCGUCCGCGGCCGCAGACGCCGUCCUCGCUGCGGCGGCGGCCGAGAACGCAGCGGCGCAGGCGGCAGACGACGACGGUCCGGUGGUCGAGGACGAGGCGAUGGUGGGCGUGCAGAAGAUGACAGACGGCACGCACGCGGGCCUGCAAUCUGCAGCGUCGGUGACUGCACAAUUAAAACGGCGAGCACGCGAGGAGAGGGCGCAGUUUGAGCGCGAGCGCAAAGCUGCUGGUCUGGCCGGGGAAGAAGAGCAAGAGACAAUCUACCGAGACGCGACUGGCCGCCGGAUAGACGUCAGCAUGAAGCGGGCAGAGGCGCGGCGGGCCGCGGCAGAAGCAGAAGAGAAGGAGCGGCUGCGCAAGGAAGCACUCAAGGGAGAGGUGCAGAUCGAGGAGGCCAAGAGGCGGCGGGAAGCACUUGAGGACGCCGCGCUGAUGCCGUUGGCACGGAAGGCGGACGACGUGGAAAUGAAUCAGGAACUGAAAGAACAGGAACGAUGGAACGAUCCCAUGGCACAGUUCCUAGGUGGAAACGAGAGAGAUACUGGAAGCGGCAGCAGGAAGACUGGGAAGAGCGGAAAGUUAAGGAGGCCGAUGUAUAAAGGCGCGGCACCGCCGAAUCGGUACGGCAUUCGGCCAGGAUAUCGGUGGGAUGGAGUCGAUCGGGGCAAUGGCUUCGAGGCAGAACGCUUCAAGGCUAUCAAUCGUAGGGAGAGGAACAAAGACUUGUCAUACUCAUGGCAGAUGGACGAGUAG